CGUUUAAAACAGGUCGAAAAAUUUUUUCGUAGAAUAUCACUUGAAGUUGCAUGUCGUUAACUGAAAAUUCGCUGGUCUUCUUUUGAUAAUGAUGCUCAAAUUUGACUCCUCAAAGCUUGAAACUUUAAUGCUGUUUAUCUACUUAACCAUCAGCUAAUCUGAUAAAAUUCCCAGAAUUUGUUGCGUAAACAAGUCAAUUAUUCGGUUUCUUUCAUCAAUUUGUUGCCUCGAUUGAAGUAAAGCUUCCAAAAGCAGAAGCCUUCAAGCUGUGUUUUUCUAAAUUGCUACCAUGGUACAGGUGAAUAGCACGGGUUUGUAGUGAAACUGCCAUUACUACAAGAAAACAAGGCAAACCUCAGCCAGUGAAAGGAAUAAGUUCAAUGUCAGAAUUAUAUAGGAACAUUGCAAUUAAGUCAGAGCAUGAGUUAUAGGAGCUGAAUCAGUUUGUGUCUGACGUUGGCGCGAUUCGUUCACGUUGAAAAGGGUUUCGAAAGUUGCGAGUGAAGAGUUUGGAAAAUAUUGUGAUUAUCACGUGCAGUGAAACCAAUUAACGAUUCAAAUAUCACACCAUUACAUCAUUUCAUAUGAGACUGUGACACAGUAGAUCAAGUGCAGUAAAGAUGACAUCGAUUGUAAAAUGGACAAUUACACAGUUAUAUCAACAUUAUCGUCAUAUCUGUUAAUCACCUUUAUUAUUUCCAAGUGAUAGCGUUGAAAAUAAUGACAAUUAUGGUGUCUUGGUGAUGCGGAGUUGUGUUUGGUGAAGCAGAAUGUGCAAAUGCCUCCAGUAUUGCUUGGAAUCAUGCUACUGGCACCUCAUAGAAAAGCGCUUUUGCUACGACGAAAGCAUAGCUCUGUACGAAGUCCCCGAAAAAGAAGAAAAAAACAACAACUUCUUCGACAAUAUGGCGUUUUAUGAUAGCGUUUCUGUGAUAGCUGGACGAGCGGUUGUGACGAUCGACCCUUUGCCCGAAGAAAAACCCAUCGUGCAGCAGCCCACCAGGAGACUGCGCUGGGAAAACGAGCAGUUGGGGCAGAACAGGUGGGAAAAGCUCUCGAAAAGCGUGCCCGCCAUCUUCGACGCCGCCAAAAAGGAGGAGGAGAGGGAGAAAAUCGAGGCAGAAAAGAGGGCAGAAGACGAAGGCAACUCCGGUCAGAACCCGGAGCCUGAGCCCCGCGACAGUGUCGACAAACCGAAACUGGAAACCUUGAAGCCCGAGAAUCUCGUCCCGGAAAUCCGGCGCAGGUCAUUGGCAGAAAGACGUUUAUCGAAAAGUCUGUACUUGAAAAUCGACCAGCCGAAGGAAAUCCCCAUAAUCAGGCAACAAUCCAUGCCCAAAUUUUACGUAGACACGCCCGAGGAAAGGGACCAACAGCACACGUCCAUGUUCAGGACUCCCAGUUCGGCUUUGGCCAGUCCAGUGCCCAAAUCCUCGGCUUUCGUCUACGACCUGUACUCGGUGGUUCAAAUGGAGAGAGAAAGAGUGAAACACAUGGACACCCAGGUUCCUGUGCACCGGAAGGAGUCCGACAGGUCUUCCAGGCUUUUGCAAAUUAGGGACAAGAUCAAGCUCAGGAGGGUUAAGAGCAGUUUGGGGACGCCAGUCACUAAUCUCCCACACAGUCAUCAGCAUAUUUAAAAAGUGUUGUAUUUUAUUGUACAUAAUAAAAGUUUUACUAACA